AGACUACAACAAGAGUGGCAUUCCAAUGAGAGGCCCCCGUUGGCAGCUGAAAGUGAGAGAGAUAGGAAAACUGUAGAGAUGUGAGAAAAUGUGAAACACUCAGUCAUCACCCUUCUCUUCUUCUUCAUACUCCAUUCCAAAAUUGAAAUUAUGCAGAUUCUUUCACUUUCAAUUUCACCAUUACCAACUUCUUCAUGUCAUCUUAUGUUUAACCCCACUUCUCUUUCAUCAUCUUCUUCCACCUUCAACUGUUGUAUCUCCCCUGCUUCUGUUUCUGCUUCUGCUUCUGCUUCUUCUUCUGCACCUGAGUCUCAAUCCAAGCUUCAAUCUCAACCUUCUCCAACUUCCAACCCCAAAAACAACAACAAGAAGAAGAUGAAUGAUGAGGGUAAUAAUUAUACAAAAAAGGGUAUUUCAAAAAUUCAAGUUUCAAGGCAAAAAUAUAUCCCAGUUUCAAAAUCCCAACUUCAUGAUGCUCUCCUCUCUUUCCUCCGUGAUAAUCAAGGUGGCGGCGAUGGCGGUGUCGAUAAUGUUGAUGAUUCUAUUGUUUCCCAUUUCGUCCUCCUCUCCUCGUGCUUGGACUCAAUUCUUCAUGCUGAGCAUAAAAGCAUUUUGGAGGAAAUGCGAGCUGAUUACCUCUCCACUCAGUCUGUGAGACAUGAGGAGGAUUUUGAUACGUUUGGACUUGAAAGGGAAAGAGGACCUGAUUCUGAUGAGGGCAUUGAGUUCGUUAAUGGUGGAGGGAAUGGGAGUGUGAAGAUUAGUGGAGAUGACACCGCAGAUUUAGAGGAGAACCAAUUGUCUUUCUUAAAAGGGCUGGACUUGAUGCAGAUUUUUGGUGAUAUCCCAAAGAAUGAUGACAAGAACUCCAGUACUUCUGAAGUGGCUACAGCGACCCGUUUCCAGCGCUCUUUCAUGAAGCUUCUUCAAGAUGCACAAUUUGAAGAGCUAUCAGUGAGGGAUCUGAUGCUUACAUCAGCAUUGAACAGUGAUUAUCUUCUCACUUUGCCAAUAUAUGUUGAUUGGAAAAGAGCUUCUGAGUCCAAAGCAAUUAUAUUCAGGCGGGGCUAUGGUACUGAAAAGCAGAAAGGUUUGCUCAUAGUCGAAAAGCUUGAUUAUCUACAAUCAAAGGUUUUGCAAGGAAUUUUUGGCCUUGUAUCAAAACCACUGCUGACUGUUGGACUUUGGAUUAAAAAGACCAUUCAACUAGCCAGUGAGAAUGAAGAUAUUCAGCUUUGGAUCAAGAGAGUCCAGCUCAAGUUCGAAGAGACUUCCCUAUUCCAGCAGCCAUAUAUUUCUGAUACAACAACCUCGGACAAUUUCCCAAAAUAUGACCAGGAUUUAGACAGGGACUUGCCUAUCUGGUUGGCUGCACAAGAGGCUGUGAGUCGUUAUGAAGGCUUCUUAUCAUCAAUAGGACCUCGUAGUAGGUUACUGAGGAAGUUUCUAACGUGGGUUGGAGUUCUACCACCAACACCAGAAGUUCCAUUUGAGUUUGAUUCUGAAAAUGUUGCUGCUACUGAGCCUCACUUAAGGCCAGUGCUACUAUCUAGAAUCACUCUCAAUGAUAUAUGGAAACCUGCUACAAGAAAAUUUUGCGGGAACAACGUAUGGAAAAUGUUGAGGGUUGGCUUUUCUAUUAUUUUCUCUCGAUCAAUUAUACAGGAACCAGCAUUUCAGGAAUUGAUUUUGCUGUACACUGAGGAGACUGGAGAUACGAAGAUUUCUUCAUUGCAAUUAAAGAUUUAUGAGAAAAUUCCAGUACCAGAUUUACCGGUCAUUUUUCCUCACAAAAAGCUAUCAUUUCGCAUACUGGACACGGUACGCUUGGAUGUUGCCACAAUUGUAGGACUUCUGGCUUACUUCAUCAAUUACAGAUUUGAGGAUGCCUUGUCUUCUCCGUCAGAUUUACUGCUAGAUGUCAUUGCUGUGAGCGCCCUCAUCAUUUUUGUUACACGUGUAGCACUUGGAUACAAACAGACACGGGAUAGAUAUGAGCUUCUCGUCAACAGGGCAUUGUAUGAAAAAACUUUGGCUAGUGGGUUUGGCUCUGUUUAUUUUCUCCUAGAUGCUUCAGAACAACAGCAAUACAAGGAAUGCGUUUUGGCCUACGGAAUCCUACUCAAAGCAGAAAAAAUUCAGUUUCCUACUCGCACAUCCCUCGGAGAAGAGUGUGAGACAUUUUUGUACAGCAAGUUCAAAGAGAAGGUGAAGAUGCCAAUUGACAAAGCGGUAGAUAUGUUGAUAAACUUUGGUCUCAUAGUUGAAAAGAAAAUCGAUGGCCAAAAUGUGUUGCAAGUUAUUCCGUGCUCCAUGGCAUAUGAUGCCCUAAGAAAUCGUUGGGAUUGCCUGUUGCUAUAGAUUUUGGUUGUAUCGGGCCUGAUUUUGUAGAAUUUUUUGCACAGGUUGUAAUCUGGUAUACUUGGUUGCUUACUCCACAAACAUCAUCAUUGUAUACUACGUAUUAUAUUACCAGGCUUAGAUUAGGCUUCAUAAUAUAUCUACAUAUAUUAGCGUUUUUAGUA